GGGAGGGGAGAAGGUAAUAACUAGAGUGUCGUUGAGUUGGGAGAUGUUAAAAAUGGGCUGCAACCAACACAUGGGCCUUUAUUUUUAGGUCAAAGAUUUAUGUAUGUAAAUAUAUAUGCUCUCUCUUUCCAAAAAAUAUUAGACUCCGGAACCUCAUUACCCUCAAAGAAAACAGCACCCUCUCCUCCUUCCCAUAGGUCCCUGUCUUUACCUGCUUCUUCUCCUGCCUGGGUUAAGGAACUUUCAGCCCCGCCUCCCGGCUCGUCCAAGCUCCGCCUGCCCGGUUCACCUGUGUGCCCAGCCCCUGACGUUACCGUUCGGCUUCAGCGGCCUGCAGGAUUCCAGCUCCCGAUUGGUCUGUCUGACCACAGCCUGCGGAGCCCACCAAUGGCAGCGGCGCUGGGUGGGAGGGUGCCCACAUCCAAGAUGGCGCCCCCGGGAGCUGGGAGAGGGUGACCGGCAGCGGGGAAGCGGCCUGGGCUGGCCCUGCGAUUGCGGGGUCCUGGGGGCAUCUCACUGGGUACCCCCCUGGCCAGCCUACAAGGCCUUCCCCGGGCCGGAGCAAUGGCCGCCGAGAACAGCAAGCAGUUUUGGAAGAGGAGUGCCAAGCUACCGGGGAGCAUCCAGCCUGUGUAUGGAGCACAGCACCCUCCUUUGGACCCUCGGCUCACCAAAAACUUCAUUAAAGAACGGUCAAAAGUCAGCACGGUUCCUCUGAAGAAUAAGAAGGCCUCCAGUUUUCAUGAGUUUGCCCAGAACACCAGUGAUGCUUGGGACAUUGGCGAUGAUGAGGAAGAGGACUUUUCCUCCCCUUCUUUCCAAACUCUGAACUCAAAAGUUGCUUUGGCAACUGCUGCCCAAGUGUUAGAAAACCAUAGCAAGCUGAGGGUGAAACCAGAACGGUCCCAGUCAACGACAUCCGAUGUUCCUGCCAGCUACAAGGUCAUAAAGUCCAGCAGUGACGCCCAGCUGUCCAGAAAUUCCAGUGAUACAUGCCUGAGGAACCCACUCCACAAACAGCAGUCACUCCCUCUCCGACCCAUCAUCCCCCUUGUUGCCCGGAUCUCAGACCAGAAUGCUUCUGGGGCACCCCCGAUGACUGUCCGGGAGAAAACCCGCCUAGAAAAAUUCCGUCAGCUUCUCUCCAGCCACAACACCGACUUAGAUGAACUGAGGAAGUGUAGCUGGCCAGGGGUUCCCAGGGAGGUUCGGCCUGUAACCUGGAGACUCCUGUCGGGCUAUCUCCCAGCAAACACCGAGAGGAGGAAGUUGACCUUGCAGCGGAAGCGGGAGGAGUAUUUUGGCUUCAUUGAACAGUAUUAUGACUCUCGAAAUGAGGAACAUCACCAGGAUACCUACAGACAGAUUCACAUCGACAUUCCAAGGACGAAUCCUCUCAUUCCAUUGUUCCAGCAACCACUUGUACAGGAGAUCUUCGAAAGAAUUCUAUUUAUUUGGGCCAUCCGACACCCUGCCAGUGGGUAUGUCCAAGGAAUUAAUGACCUGGUCACUCCGUUCUUUGUCGUCUUCCUCUCAGAAUAUGUCGAAGAGGACGUGGAGAACUUUGAUGUGACCAAUUUGUCUCAGGACAUGCUGCGAAGCAUAGAAGCCGACAGCUUUUGGUGCAUGAGCAAACUGUUGGAUGGGAUACAGGAUAACUACACCUUUGCACAACCAGGGAUCCAGAAGAAGGUCAAGGCACUAGAAGAGCUUGUCAGUCGGAUUGAUGAGCAGGUACAUAAUCACUUCAGGAGGUACGAGGUCGAAUACCUACAGUUUGCCUUUCGUUGGAUGAACAACCUGCUUAUGCGGGAGCUUCCCCUUCGCUGCACCAUCCGCCUGUGGGACACAUACCAGUCUGAACCGGAAGGGUUUUCCCACUUUCAUCUCUACGUGUGUGCAGCCUUCUUGAUCAAGUGGAGGAAAGAGAUCUUGGAUGAGGAGGACUUUCAGGGUCUCCUCAUGCUGCUACAAAACCUACCUACGAUACACUGGGGCAACGAAGAGAUUGGGCUGCUCCUCGCUGAGGCGUAUAGACUCAAGUACAUGUUUGCCGACGCCCCCAAUCACUACCGCCGAUAGGUGCUGUCUCCCCAUGGGGACCCAGACUGCCCCCAUCUCUGAUGGCAAUCUGAUCACUGUGGCCACUGUGCGAGCCGUGGACCCUGGCCAGGAACCACUCCUGCUGUAAAAAGCUCACAUCCGCCGCCCAGGUCUUAACUUUUUGGCGUGCCUGUCCACCACUCCAUGUCUCCAGAUGGCUCUCCUGGACCACUAUCAGUAUUCCAUGACAUGUGGAUGGGCCCAGCUCUGGGAGAGGACAGAAAAGGAGCUACAGGGUUGUCUGCCCCUUUAAAAGAAACUGGACAGAAGAAGGGGAAGGCUCAGGGUCUCAAGUCACAUUGCCCUACAUGCACUGGCUAUCUCUUGCCUCCCAGCUCCAACUGAUACUGUUGCUUUUUUGUGACAUAGUUUGAUUUGCUCACAGGUCAGAAACGCCUUAUGUUUUCAAAAGACUCCUGGCCCCUCCCCUCUACCGCCAAUUCCUAGCCUUUCCCCUUCUGCCCAAGUCUGAGCCAGUGAGGGGCAGCUUUUUAAGACCAUUGUUCUCAGAUAGAGGAGGCACUGAUGCUUAUAACUCUGGGAAGAGGCCUAACCCAAGGGCUAGGAAUUUCAUUUUUCCUUUUCUCACCAGACAUCUGUAUGUGUGCCUGCGUCUGUGUGUGUAUGUGGGUAUACACACCCAUCAGCAUUUAGUUACAUGUCUGAAUGUCUGUGUCCAGACUAUCCCCAUUGCAACCAGCUGGGAAGGGCCCCAGUGACCACAUACACAAGCAUCCCUGGAGAAGGAUCAGGGCAGGGGAGAGAGAAGGGGCUUUUUACCUCUCCAGACCCUUUUUCCAUGAUGACCCACUCCAAGAUAUUAUGUGUAAAUUGUGUUAUUAUGUAUAUGGGUAAAGAUGUAUAAAUAU